AUGGACGGUACUUACGAAUCCGUCGGAGACACUGUGGUCGCUCCUCUGCGGCGACAACCCUCACCUGCGAAGUCUUCAAAGGAUUCUUGGGUAGAGCUUGGUCCUCGAAGACGAGUGGGACUAGUCACGCUUUUGCCGGCUUUCGUCAUCUUCAUAUGCUGUAUUUCGUUGCCAGUAGCGCUCCUCGCGUACUUGCUUGCACAUCGGGUGACUUCCGCGUCGCCCGAUGAUGCCGCGCUUUUUGCAGGAGCCAUUGUGGCUGUUGAAGGCGUGAAGGAUGCAGUCUAUUCCCCUAAUUCGAACGAUGCCAUUGAGCAGAGUACACUUUAUGGAUUGGCUGUCACAUCAAUUAUCAGCCACCUGAUAUCGCUCACCGUACCUCCACUAAUGGGACUCUUAGCGUUUCGUGUGGCUGCGCAUUGGAUUCAAGGAGGCAUCUGCGCUGUAGGUGAGGAGCGAAAAUCAAACACCUUUACCCCAGUCCAAUUUGGACUACUCCUUAAGAUAUAUGGAUCAAGCAGCAUCUUUAGUUUAAUCCAAUCUGGAAGAUACCUUUACAGGGAGCGUCGCACCAGCGCUAAGCGGUCGCCCAUCAUGUGGAGUUUUAUUCUCCUUGCCGUGGUAUUGCUGAUUUCGCAUGCUGUUGGCUUCUGCGAUCUGUGGCUCCACACUGUCUCUGGAACAGUACUCUGCACUUCCUUGGUCCCCGUAGACGAUAUUUCUUCGAUGAAAUACAGUACAGCAAUCAAUUCCUCGAUUUGUCCUUAUCCUGGCUAUCAGCAAAAUGUAAUGGGCCCGGGUUCAGCGGAGAAUUUAACUGGAGAAAAUUGCUUAGCCUAUUAUAACUUCGUAUAUGGCUUCGCACCAUCGGGACCUGGCUGGGGAGUUGCGUAUGAUCCCAAUGUUGUUGCGGAGAGCGUCGCCACGUCAAACAAUAUGUCGUCGUCAUAUACCGUCAUCAUUGCCGAACCUCACGAGAUCGCUGUCUUCGUUCCCGCUUCAAUAUCAAGUACGGGAUUGCACAACUUCUCUGCGAACUCGUUCGGUCUUUCCGCAUCUUGUACUUUACCAAAAUGCGGAAAUAUCGACACCGGACCUCCGGAAAGCACCGAUGGCGGACCGUUUGCGUGCAACGAUUUCUCCCCGCCAUACAAUGCUACGCUCUACGACUCGACCACAUUUCUGUACGAUCCAAAUGGAUUCGUGCAGCAGCCUGACUGGUCAAAUGGCACGGGAAGCAACCCUUUUGGUUUCUUCAUCCAAAUGAUGUUUGCGUUACCCGCUAUGGGCUUGCAGACGUCUGGCCUCAAUGCGUCUAGCAGCGUAGGAAGCCCUGGCUGGUACUACAGUCCUGCUCAAGAGAACGUGGCAUAUUUAACGACUUGCACAAUCUCCAUCUAUAAUGUGACACUUGCAUAUUCCAACAACACCUAUUCAGUCAGCGAUGCAACUCUCGCAGAUUUCAACACCACUUCAGCAUUCUCUGCCGGUUUCAUUGACUAUAUGUCUGGCGAGUAUCUUAUUCCCCAGCUCCUGAACAUCUUGCAGGGGGAGAUCCAGUCUCCUGGCUUUGCGACCCUGCUGCAGAGUCAGCUGAUGCUUCGUUCACUUGCACUUUCCGCUGGUCUGGUACAACCCAGUUCUGUGAAUAGCGCGUACGGUGUCACCCAAGAAAUCGCCUCCCGUUACCCCAUAGCCCCUCUUGUGACCUUUCUUGCACUGCUCUUCCUGUAUGGUGGCGUGGCUUUAGCCAUCAUCCUGUGGACCAGCUUCUCCGUCGCGGAGUCUCUCAUUGUUUGUCAUACUGAUGACAGAAAGCAGUCUCACAAUGCUCUGACAUUAGCGCAAGCAAGACUGACGGACCCUCUAGCGGUGCUGGCUGACGUAUUUCGCUGGGGCGACUCAAGCGACGAUGAGGACAGCGAGGCGGAUGAGGAUUGGAGGAGCUUUCAGAGCGACUCGUUGGAAAUGUUCGGGCCGGAACGAGGAAAGGCAGAAGUCUCUUUCGGCUUGGAUCCGAUGUCGCCGGGCCUUCGUGUCGGAUUAGUGAGGAGACGCAUUGCGAGCGGCCUGGAUGCUGACAGCGAAGCGGAAAGGGCACGGCAGAGUACCGAUAGCUAG